AUGCCGGUAGCAAAAGCAAAUGGCUACAUGCUAAGUACGUUCGAGGUGGUAGCUGCGCAUGUGUGGCGAAUUGCAUGCAAGGUACGCGGAUUAGCCGAUGACCAAUCGGUGAAGCUGUACAUACCAAUUGAUGCAAGGCCGAGAUUAAAGGACGAUCCAACCAUGCCAAAAUGGUAUUUUGGGAACUUAGUGUUUUUUACGGCUUGUAUUGCAAAAGCAGGAGAUAUCAUAUACAAGCCGCUAUGGUAUGUUGCGAGUAAGAUUCACGAGGCAUUAGGAAAAGCAAAAGACAUCGAAUACUUGAAAUCAGCUGUUGAUUACCUGGAAUCGCAACCAGAACCUGUGGUAGUACUUCGUGGGCCAGAGAGUGUUACAAGUCCAAAUCUUUUAUUAAACUCUUGGGUUCAUAUUCCUUUUUCUAAAGCGGAUUUUGGUUGGGGUCAGCCCAAAUUUUUGGGAAAUGGUGGGAUCAAAUAUGAGGGUCUAUGCUUCUUAGGUCCAAACCCAAAUAGGGAUGGUAGCUUUUUAUUGAGCAUUAAUCUUUUUAAAGUUCACAAGCCUCACUUUGAGAAAUGUUUGAAUGAACUCAAAAUUAUUCCCAAAAUAUGA